AUGCGUCGAGUCGGCGGCUCCAUCCGCCCCGCGUACGGUGUACCGAUAGCGGCAGCGGCAGCGGUAGCGGCGGUGAUGCCACUGCGGGGUUACCACAUGCCUGGCUGGAAGACGAAGAUCAGCACGAAGGACGCGAGGACACGAGAGCAGCGAGAGACCGACCGAAAAGCACGCCAGAUCGAGAAGCUGCCACGGCCGCAGGCCCUGCAUGAUUUUCAGUACCCGUACGAAAAAACGGUGCUGAGCGACACCAUGUUUCAGUACCCCGUUUACGAGAAUGAUCUGGACACUCCACAUCUUUUCAACCUGACGCCACCCCCAGAUUUUUUUCUGUACUGGAAUGUGUCUGACUUUGAGCGGACGUCGUACCCGCCGAUCCCUGCGGAAGAUCAUCGCCUGCUGGUGCCCCACGCCGCGUCGCCCUCAUGGAGGAAUCACCACCAACGGUCAUUAAAGUAUCUCCGCAAGCAUGAGGUGCUGCCUCACUAUGUGCCCCACGUGCACCAGGACGUGAACCUUUCUGUCGUCUUCCCAGGGACCUACGCCACGCGGGCGCGCAGGAGCGAAGAGACGGGUGAGGUGCUUCCGCCACCACCACCUGUCACCGAGCUUAACCAUCGUAACUUUUGGAUGACUGCCCACAGUGGAAACUACAUUGAGCUGACGGAUGUGCAACACCCACCUUCGAUCUUCUUUUUUGAAGCAGGUAAAGGCACCGAGUGGUACACGCUUAUUAUUGCAUCCCCUGACUACCCGUAUCGUGUGCCCGCCGAGGUGGACGGGCGAACGGAACGAGGAUUUUUCCUGAACUACAUGGUGGUGAACUUACCGGGUGGCGGGAAUGGCAUACAACCGCACGUGGCAAAUGGAAUUAUUGCAAACACGGCUGGUAUGGAGAAGAAGGGCGACGUUGUUGUGCCAUAUGUCCCGCCGCUUCCAACCGAGGAUGCGGGGACGACACGCCACAUGUGCAUGCUCUUUAAACAAUAUGAGCGCGUGAGUAGUGUGACGAAGGCCAUGGACGACACGGUGGAAGGCUUCGCUGCGCGCUGCGCUUUCCGCCUGCACACACCCCAUCGUGAAGGCGUCUCUGUUGCAGCGUCGUCAACACUCUGCGAUGUGGAUGGCGUGCUACCGCCUGACCCGAGCGCUGUGACGUUCUUUCAGACGAAGUGGGACAUUCAGGUGCAGGAGUUCUAUGAGUCCCGUGGCCUUGCGGAGCCUGCUGCUCCACCGGAUGAGGAGAUCGAGGCAAUUCUUGCGUACCACGCCAGGAAGCCAUCUGAGCUGCGUGUUUCUGCGCGUCACCGUCCCGAUGGAUCUACGAAUAUGGGUGACGAUCCAAAUUUCUGGGCUCAGUCAGAGCCAACAGUCAUGGAGAAUGGCACCAUGCAGAGUCUGUGGUCACGGAGGACAGCGCUUGGAAAGAACGGCAUUCCUGUUACCUUGCGUCGGUAG